AUGCACCAACUGUUCAGCCGAGUGCUGGGCCAGAGGGAUCUGUCCAGGGCAGGGGAUCUGUUUUCUCUGGAGGACACCGAGAUCAAAGACUGCCUGUCCCAGGCUCUGGACCAGAUCAAGACCAUCUCCUGCUCACCGGACUAUCUGACCAAUGACAAUGACCAGGCAGUGGUGGAAAUUUGCAUCACGCGGAUCACCACGGCCAUAAGGGAGACAGGCUCCAUCGAGCAGCACAGCAGGGCGCUGGUGGGGCUGUGGGAGUCGUGUCUGGAGCAUAACCUUACACCUCAGGGUGAAAACACAGAGGACACGCCGCACGCCAAGAUCGCCUCAGACAUCACCAGCUGUAUCCUGCAGAACUACAGCUGUCCAUCGGUCAUGGUGCUGGCGGUCCCGGUAGCGGUGCGCUUCCUGCAGAGAGGAAACAGGGAGCUGAGCAGGAACAUGUCCAGUUAUCUCUCUCUGGCUACGAUCGCAAAGGCUGACCUGCUGGCUGAACACACAGAGGCCAUAACUCACAGCGUACUGGGAGGUAACCACAUGCUGUUACGAGUGUUGCCCUCCGUCUACCCCAGACAACCCGACAUCAUCCACUGUCAUCUGGGCAGUCUGACUGCGAUGAUCCCACAGCUGGACUCCCCGGAGCAACAACACCUGAUCAGACUCAUUCAGAUGGUGGCAGAGCAGCAUCCACUCAUGCUGAGCCCCCAGGUGCCUGUACUCGUCAGUUACCUAGGAGACCAAUCCCUGACCGAGGCCCUGCUGGGCGCUCUCGUGGACGUGUCACAGGCCAGUCCUUCCUCCCUGGUCAGCUUUUUGCCAACGCUAAGGAUUGUGGGACAGCAGUGCCCUGCUCUUUUGGGUCAUGUGGCCAAAAUCCAUGGUGCCGUGGGUAUCAUCAGUGAGGCUCGUGCUCACAGCUCCUUGGUCUACCUGGUGUCCCUCCUGGGCAGCAUGGAGCACAGCUUCCACCACACUCUGCUGCUGGAGAUCCGAGCUCUGACCGACCGAUACCCGUCCGUGCUGGGAGGCUGCGGCAAAGACCUGUACAGGAUGAGCAACUCGUUCACCGCUAUCGCCAGACUGCUGGGGAGGAGACUGGAGGAGAGCGCAGAGACUCACUGCAGGCCAGACGAGGUGCCACCCUGUGCGGGAGGAGGGAGGUCAGAGCAGCACAUGCAGGUGAAGAUCCAGGCCUUUGAUGGGAAACUGGGGGAGGGGGAUGGGGGAGCGGAGGAGGUGGUGGGAGACUCUCCGCCACCUCAGAGGCGCUACAGCUUGAGCCAGGCCGUCAGAGAGGAGAGGCGAGAGAUGAGAUUCAACAGGUCAAAGAGCCUCGCCCUCCACGCUGUGCGCUCCCGCUCCAUUAACUCAGAGAUAGGAGAUGAUGGGGAGGGUCUGGACCAAAACCCUGACACCAUCUUCUCAAACACAUUAGUGAAUUUGCUGUCUGAAGACCAGGAAGCUGCACCCACACAGAGGAAACCGACAGAUGAUGGCUCCAUGCCCGUCACCGCUGCUUUAGACCGUGGGGUCAAAGAGGCUGGUAGAGGCCAAAACAAAGACAAGAGCAGGGAGACGGAGGAGGCGGAGGAAUCAGACAGACUUUUCACCCAUUUAAGAGACAAUAUGGAGACCAUCAGGGAGUUCUGCAAAGACAUGGUGCAGCAGAUCCCCAUACCAGAGCACUGUGUGAUAGAAGAUUCAAACCGAGGCUGUGUGGCCAAGCUGUCCUUCUCCUGUCCUCUGAAAGGCCACUACUGUCUCUACACCAAGUCCUGCUUCAACCUGACGAGUCGACAGCCUCACCUCUGGAUACACAUCAUGCUGCUGCAUUUACAGAGUAAGUCCAGUGUCCCCCUGAGAUCCCGGGACGAGGGUGUCCAGAGACUCAUCUCUCUCUGGGAGAAGACUCAGCUGAAAGGAGCUCACAGCUUCCCCAUGGCUAUGACUCAGCACACAACCCCGCACAGGAAGGACCUGGACAGUCUCCAGGUUCAGCUGGAGGAGGUCCGUUUCUUUGACCUGUUUGGAUACAGCGAAGAAGAAGGAAGUUGGCUCUGCUUCAUGUGUAACAACCCUGAGAAAGCCACAGUUGUAAACCAGGAGGGACAGCCUCUGAUCGAGGGGAAGCUGAAGGAGAAGCAGGUCCGCUGGAAGUUCAUCAAGCGCUGGAAAACCCGUUACUUCACCCUGGCAGGGAACCAGCUGCUCUUCCGCAGAGGCAAAUCAAAAGAUGAGCUGGAUGACAUUCCUAUCGAGCUCAGCAAGGUGCAAAGUGUCAAGGUGGUAGCCAAGAAGCGGCGUGAUCGGGGCUUGCCGCGGGCCUUUGAAAUCUUCACUGACAGUAAGACGUAUGUGCUGAAAGCUCAGGAUGAGAAACAUGCUGAGGAGUGGCUGCAGUGCAUCAACGUGGCCGUGGCUCAGGCCAGAGAGAGGGAGAACAGAGAGGCUACCACCUACCUGUGA